CGAUUUUCAUUAGGGUUUUGAUAAUCUCUCCAAUCUCCGCCCAUUGUACCACUUCGCUGGGGUUUUAUUUCUUUCCCCAAUUUUGAUUCCGCUAGGGUUUUCUGUCUUCCGGGUUUGGUAGAUUUAGGGUGUAAUAAGAGAAUUGGAAAAUUAAUCUGCUUUGUAAUUUUGGUAAGGGGGUUUCAAAUGUUUUGGGCGUUCCGAUUUUGGGUUAUAUAACACCCUGGUCCUGUGGAGGUAUUUGCAGGACUUGCAAUUUUGUUGCUUUGAAGCAUGAUUUUUGUACAAUGAAAGGUUGAUUCUGAACUUUCCUUCCUCUCCACAGAUUAAGGAGGGAACUUUUCACAUUGAAUGACAUCCUUUUCCAUAAUCGAGUUAGUCACCGCUUCUUGAUAUAUUUUCUUUGACUUUUCCUGGGUCCUCUUGUUUGGGUUAUAUCUUGCCUCCACGCGCUUUUUUUUCUUGCGAGGUGGUUGGGUUUUGACACACGGCUAAGUUUGUUUUGUGGGAAAGUGUUUGGAUUGCAUGGGCGAGCAUGAGGGGGGGUCACAGCCAUCAAGCAGGCUAUUGCCGAACGGUUUAUUGCCCAAUGAAGCGGCCUCGGUGAUCCAGGUGCUGGACUCAGAGCGAUGGCUGAAGGCAGAGGAGAGAACUGCUGAGCUUAUCGCCUGCAUUGAGCCCAAUUCUCCUUCCGAAGAGAGGAGAAAUGCCGUGGCCGAUUAUGUCCAGCGCCUCAUCGAGAAGUGCCUCUCCUGCAAGGUUUUUACUUUUGGUUCUGUACCCCUCAAGACCUAUCUUCCUGAUGGAGAUAUUGACUUAACAGCCUUCAGUGAUAAUCUAAACUUGAAGGAGACAUGGGCUCAUCAGGUUCGUGAUAUGCUGGAAAAUGAGGAAAAGAAUGAGAAUGCUGAAUUCCGCGUAAAGGAGGUUCAGUACAUUCAGGCAGAAGUGAAGAUAAUAAAGUGUCUUGUGGAACAUAUUGUGGUAGACAUAUCUUUUAAUCAGCUGGGUGGGUUGUGUACCCUUUGCUUCCUUGAAGAGGUUGAUCAUUCGAUAAAUCAAAAUCACUUAUUCAAGCGUAGCAUCAUAUUGAUCAAGGCCUGGUGUUAUUAUGAGAGCCGAAUACUGGGUGCUCAUCAUGGACUUAUCUCAACUUAUGCCUUGGAAACCUUGGUUCUUUACAUAUUCCAUGUUUUCAAUAAUUCCUUUACAGGACCACUUGAGGUCCUCUAUCGUUUUCUAGAGUUCUUCAGUAAGUUUGAUUGGGACAAUUUUUGUGUUAGCCUACGGGGUCCUGUACCAAUUAGUUCACUGCCAGAUGUAACAGCAAAACCUCCUCGGGAAGAUGAAGAGUUGGUACUUAGCAAAUUACUUGAUGCUUGUAGCUCUGUGUAUGCUGUUGUCCAAGUUGGCCAAGAAAAUCAGGGGCAACCCUUUGUUUCUAAACAUUUCAAUGUGAUUGACCCUUUGCGCGUAAACAACAACCUUGGUCGUAGUGUUAGUAAAGGUAACUUCUUUAGGAUACGAAGUGCCUUUGCAUUUGGGGCUAAAAGGUUGGCUAGAUUACUUGAUUGUCCCAAAGAGGACCUGUUUUAUGAGGUAAAUCAAUUUUUUAUGAACACAUGGGAAAGGCAUGGAAGUGGCCAUCGGCCUGAUGCCCUGAGGAAUGAUUUAUGGUGCUUGAGGUUGUCAAACCGAGAUAACCAACAUGGAUCUGAGAAUGAUAGGAACGAGUCAAGUGGAAAAAGAAAUGACAUUUCCUCUGGUCUUGGAUCUCAAGCUGAUGGGAUGCGUGGAUCACUUAACAUGCCUACAAAUCAUGCUAAUCAUUACUCAGAAAGCACAUCUCAGAUGGGUGAUAUUUCUACUGUUUCUCUUACUCAAAGUCAGAAGGGCCAUGGUAACUGGAGCAACUCAAGGACCUCCAAGCAGAUCAGACAAGAUACCAGUUCUAAUCAGAAAGCACAUAAACAUAAUGAUAAAGGUCAAAGAAGUUCAAACCCUGAGAAUUUGGUAGCUGGUGUUCAGGGAAGAUUUCUUUUUGCAAGGACACACUCUAGCCCUGAGCUUACUGAAACAUAUGGUGAAGUUUCUUCUCAAGGAAGGCGCAACAGAGCCCCUGAAAGUGGUAAAACCCAGAUUGCUUCUACAAGGUUGGACAGUAACAGGAGGAAGAACCUGGAGACUGAUAUUGCAGGCCAUGGUAUUAGAUCUUCCACUGAUGAUCCUUCAUCUGUUAGGCAUGCUUCGUUCCAUCAAAGCAAUGAUGCUUCUGAUUCAAACAGUCAGCUAAAUACUUACCACCCAGAUGAUUUGGGUAUGGGCACUAUGAAUGAAGAGUUCCAUUCUGUUGGGGGGACACAGGGGAUGCAUCAGGAAGAGCAAGACAUUGUCAACAUGAUGGUGUCAUCUACAGUUCAUGGCUUACCACUAAAUUUAGCUUCAGGUCACUUACCACUUCCAAUCCCACCUUCUGUUUUGGCAUCAAUGGGAUAUGCCCCGAGAAAUAUUGGUGGAAUUUUUCCCACAAAUUUUCCCCUGAUUGAGACUCCAUGGGGCACUAAUAUGCAAUUCACACAAGGUUUGGUUUCCCCACCACUUGCCCAUUAUUUUCCAAGCAUUGGAUUGGCUUCGAAUACAGAAGAGUCAAUUGAACCUAGUAACAAAAAUUUUGGUUCUUCAGAAAUGAACCAAGUAGAGGGUGAAAAUGAUUUCUGUAAUGAGCAAGAAUUGAGCUACAAUGCUGGUUUUGAUCUUGAUGAUGGAGGUUUUGAAAUGCUUCUUUCAAAUGACAAGCAACAGUCAACUUCUGCUGGUUAUAACUUUGUUCCUUCAACUAGGGUAGGUGUUUCUGGAAGUUCUGUGAGGGUCCAACAGAAGUUCACCAAAGAAACUCGACCAUCUACAAGAGAAGAUCAUGCUGAUAAUUUUCAGUGUCAAGAUAACGGAGGUAAUGACUUUCACCUUGACGAGAGAACAAGUUCUAGAUCCAUUCCUGGUUCACAUGCUGAUUCUUUGAGAAGUAAAAGCUCUUCUGAGAGUUCUUCGGAAGGGUCAUCAGUGAAGUCCUCAAAGUCAGCUAGGGAGAAGCGAGGUAGGAAAACGACUUCUGGGGUUUCAUCUGCUGCACAUGCAAAAGCUAAGAAUGUAUCUGAGCACUCUUCACAGGCUGAUGAUGAUAGCAAAGAGUGGAAUCUGGCACUGACCAUGGGCAAUGAGGUGGCAGAAAGAAAUACAGGAGCUCAAACAUUUGGUCCUUUGCAUGUUCCCAGGCAUCAAAUGGCUGUAUUUGAACCAACUCAGACUAGUGGAUCAGAUUCACUGAUGCCCAUGGCUCCAGUGUUCUUAGGCCCGGGUUCACAGCCCCUUACCUUUUAUCCUGCAGGGCCGCCAGUUCCAAUUGUGGCAAUUCCAUUUUACAAUAUCCCAACAGAAACAGAAACUUCUGAUGCUUCAACAAGCCAUUUUAGCACAGAUGAAGGUUUGGAUAACAGUGAUUCUAGUCAAAAUUUUGAUUCACCCAAGGUACUUGAUCAGCGUGAGGUGUUGAGUACUCCUAAUUCUACAAGAAGUGUUGCUUCUGUUGAGCCUUCUGAACACAAGCCUGACAUCCUUAACAGUGAUUUUGCUAGCCAUUGGCAAAAUUUGCAGUAUGGACGGUUUUGCCAAAAUUCACAACAUCCUGCACCUUGGAUUUAUUCUUCACCUGUUAUGAUGCCACCUGUCUAUCUACAAGGAUGUUUUCCCUUGGAUGGUCCUGGUAGACCUCUUUCCAACAACUUGAAUCUUUACACUCAGCUAGUGGGUUAUAGUCCUAGUUUUGUUCCUGUUGCUCCUCUCCAGUCUGUUUCUAAUAGACCUGCCAGUGUUUACCAGCGGUAUGCUGCUGAAAUGCCAGGAUAUCGGAGUGGCACAGGAACAUAUCUGCCAAGUCCUAAAGUUUCAGUGAGGGAACGCCAUUCUGCAAGUACAAGAAGGGGAAAUUAUAGCCACGAUAGAAGUUACCACCGUGGUGAUAGAGAAGGAAACUGGAAUAUGGGUUCAAAAGCACGAGCUGCAGGGCGCAACCAUAAUCGCAGCCAAUCUGAUAAACCAACAUCGAGGUCAGACCGGUUGGCAGCUGCUGAGAGCCGAACUGACAGGCCUUGGGGUCUUCGUAGGCAUGACUCAUUUCCUGCAUACCAGUCUCAAAAUGGUCCAGUUCGCUCAAACUCAACACAGGGUGGGUCUGGCAAUGUAGCCUAUGGCAUGUAUCCAGUACCUACCAUGAACUCAAGUGGGGUGUCAUCUAAUGGCCCUACCAUUCCAUCUGUUGUCAUGCUAUAUCCUAAUGAUCAUACUGUUGGUUAUGGUUCCCCUGCAGAACAGCUUGAGUUUGGUUCCCAUGGACAGCUGGGUGAGGGUAAUCAAUCAGGUGGGUUAUUUGAUGAGAAAAGGUUUUGUGGGGCCUCUGGUCAACAUUCUUCACCAGAUCAGCCUUCUUCACCCCACUGCCAAAGGUAAUUGGUCUCUUUUCUUUCAAGUUGCAACAGGCCUAAAAGCACCCCACAUCUAUACAGCUGCCAUCUGCUGGGUUCAGAGUAGCAUGGGUGGGAUGGUAAUUUGAACUCCUAUGAACUGUUGAAAUUUCCUUCAGUCUGCCCCACCCCUACCCUUUCCCAGCUUGACCAAAACUCAUAUCACCUACUACUGCUGGCUGGCCUUCUCCAUCUCAAAUUUCUGGUGCCUUGUCUCUCAAUCAUAAACCAUAAUAAAUGGUUUAUGUAGCAAUGAAGUUGAAUUUACAACUGGAUAUCAUAACAGUAUUUGGGACUUCGAUUGUAUUGCCAGAUCAGUGGUCCUGAAGAAUGAUCAAUUGAAAGAUGUGGAUUUCCCACCCCUUGCUUUUCCAAGUGAGGGAAUGAUGGUUGGAGAACAUAAUAAUGAGAAAACCUCUUAUUAUAGGACCUUUUGGUUCUCACCUUACUAAGGAAGCGGGAAUUCAUUUUUCUGAUUCAGUUAACUCUUUGCUGGUUUUCUCAAAAGAUAGCUUCUGCUUGUAUGUACAGUAUGAAAUCUGAAAUUUUAUUAUGAAAAGCUCUGUUGUUGGGAAUACGGAGGGGGUGGUGGGGAAGAGGGCUGCAGCACUCCGAGGUUAGAUUUUAAAUUUUAGUUUCCAACACAUUGUAACUGAAAUUAGGAACAUGUGGUUUAGAUUUAGCAAUCACUGAUAUUAAAAUUUGUCAGGAUUUUCUUUCACACAAUGUUCAAGGGUUUUUGGUUGAUAAGUAGUUCAGUAGAACGAUAGCCACUUAUCUGAUUUUGUUCACAGUUAGCGGUGUACCAGUAGUAACAAUGGGGAAGUUAAAAGUUUGUUGUAACAGCUUUCAUUGUUUCAUAAUUUGAACCAGAAAAUGAAAAGGAUCUGUACCUCUGGGAUUAGCAUUUCAUUUUAUC